AUGCAGCUGGCAUGGGCCCUGCUGUUGCUGUUGCUUGCUGGCCUGAGUGCUCCCCGGGUCCGAGGCUGCCUGCAGUGUGAUCCCAGUGUUCGGGAGGUGCUGAACCAGCUGCACGCGGUGCUGAUCCCCUCACACUUGUCCACGGAGGAGCUGGAGGCCCGAGCGCAGAUCAUGCUGCUGGGGAUGAUGCAUAGGUUCUUCCGAGACUACUCGGUGAAUGCUUUUGUGGGCAAAGAUCUGCUGCAAUUCUGGCCCCCUUCUGCGGCCUCAGAGGUCAAUGAUCUGCAACUCGUGGCCAAGUUUGUGAAGAGUCAAGCCUUCCUCCUGAAGCACAGUUCUUUGAAGGACGAGGCUCUGCUGUCAGCGCUGGAGGAUUUUCGCAAGAGAAUUACCAAGAAGCUAAAGAGAUACCUGAGGUCGUACGAGCGGAAAGCCUGUGAUCCCAAAAUUUGCAAGCAACUGAAGGAGGAGAUCUUGGACUGUCUGCACUGCGAAAGGACGACUCCCAAAUGCAUCCCACGUAAGAUGUGCUUUGUGGACAGGCAGCCCCGCAUGGAACUGCGCUACCUGGACACGGUUGCUGUGCGGAGCCACAAGCGCCCGGCCAUCAUUAUCUCUGUGUGCCUCAGCGUCCUGCUCCUCGGGGUCAUCGUGGUCGCGGCUCUGACUUACAGAGAGAAUCGGAAAAUCCUGCUGCGUUAG